AUGCCCCCAGCUGAUGCCCCCCAUGCCACGGAUACGUUCUACGCUGGCCUGCAACUGGUGAUGCCGGAAGAGACCGCCCCAGCCCAGCGACAUACCGCCUUCGCGAUGCGCUAUAUUAUAGAGGGUAGCGGAGGCUUUACGGCGGUGCAUGACAGACGCAUCCGAAUGCAGAAAGGGGAUGCAAUUCUGACACCUAAUUGGAACUAUCACGAUCACGGCAAGGAUAGCAGCGGCCCGCUUAUCUGGCUGGACGGCCUGGAUCUGCCCAAUUUCCGACACUUGCCAGUUCACUUUGUCGAGCACUUCAAUGAGCCUCGCUACGCGGCCAAGGGUCUCAACCAGACUGCCUCUCAGAUGAUCUUCACCGGGGGCCAAUUGAAAGCUGGGUUGGAUGAGAUGGAGGUUGAUUCGGCCACACAGCGCUAG